GUACCAAACUAUCGAGUCCCUGAUUUGACGGAUUGCCAAUUAAAACCAUAUGUAUCGAAAAAAACACCUUUAAUUGUUAUGAAAAAACAACUAGGACCAAAAAGAAAAGUUUUAACCUAA